GUCAAAUCUGACGUCACGUUUUGCGCCACAGAAGCGCCGCGGAUCGAAACUUAUGGCUGCAGAUGUGUAGCACUGGAAUAAUUCCACGGACACGAACUGAUGGACAUUAGAAAACGCCAUGAAAGAUUCUGACACCGAAGGGGUGGAUGCGAAUUGGGCUGUCAGUGAAAACAUUGAAGAGGAGCCUCCUAUGAGCCGAAGUUUCUCUGUAGAAGACCUCCUCGAUGAGGUGGAGAAGAUCUGUUAUGAUGCCUCGGGGUCUUCGAAGGUGGAGAUGGUGGUGAGGCUGUGGAAGGAUGGCUUCACUGUGAACGAUCAGGAGUUCCGCAGCUAUUCUGUUCCAGAAAACCAAGAAUUCCUGGACGCCAUUAAAAGGGGAGAGCUUCCAGCAGAGUGGGAGAGCAGAGCCGAGGAGGAAGAGCUGGAGAUCAGCGUGGAGGAUCUGACUGAAGAAAAUUAUGUCCCCAGGAAAAAGGCCUUUCAUCCGUUCAGCGGUCGAGGAUACAGGCUGGGCAGUGUUACACCCAGAGUGCUGGUCAGGUCACCAUCUGUGCACGAGGAUGGAGAAUCUCCUCCUAUUCCCAUGGUAACAAUAGACCACGCCCUUCCUGUCACCUCGUUGCAGAUCUGGUUGGCCGAUGGCAGGAGGUUGGUGCAGAGGUUUAACCUAUCGCACCGGGUUGCAGAUGUGCAAGACUUUGUCAAGCGUUGCCACAGAAGCUGCCCUCCUUUCGUCCUCACGACCUCCCUCUCCUUCCAAGAGCUCAAUGACAACGACUUGAGUCUAGAGGAGGCGGAUUUGGCGAAUGCUGUUAUCAUCCAGAAACCCCUGAACACACAGGCUCCGUUUGGACACUGCUGACCAACAUGGCCUCUUAACACACCCCCACUUUCAACACCACAAAUGCAGCUUCCUAGUUCAAAUGCAGUUUUCAUUAUUCUUGACUUGAUGGCGAAGGAUGGGGAAAAUCAAUAAUUGCAAGCCACGUAUGGGUGUGUACAGAGAAAAUAGGUUUAGAUUCGUUUUGGCCAAAUGUUUAAGGUGGGUACCGAUUUCUUUAUACACAAAAUAUUUGUACUAUUUUGCAAAUCCUUUUAGCCAUGGGAUUCCUUUAAAAACAAUUUUAAGUGGGGUAUAAUUUCAGUUUUUCAAGUAGUUGGGCUUACCUCACUAUGGAUUUAUUCUUGUCUUCCAUGUUAGUUUUUUUCUGCCUCAAGUUUGCCUUCUAUCUUCCAAUUGAACGUCAAUAUAAAUACGGAGGGUUCUACUUGUGCUGAGAACAUCAGUAUGAAUUUGUCAAUUUGGAGGACCCCUUAUGGUGUUCCAAUAUGGCUGCCAAUUGUAUAUGAUAUGAUAAUUACAUUGUUGUUAUGCCAAAUUUAUGAGUGAAUAGCCUCAGAUGGUGAUUUACACUCGCAAGUAUGUCUUCCUUUCUCAACACAAAUGGAGUACAAGCAAGUUCUUCUGGGAUGGUGUGUAGUGCACAACUGAAGAAUGCUUCUAAACAUUUGGCCAAAACUUUACUUGUGUCAUAUUAAACACUGACUAAGUUACAAGGUGGGUAUUAUGAUUGAUGCAGAAAUGAUUGACAUCAGUAGAAUGAGUCAUGUGUUUGAAUGUAAUACAGAACAAGCCUUUGUUGAAUGUCAUCAUUGUCGCAUCACUCUGGAUCACUCACCUGCUGUCUUAGCCUCAUACGGUUUAUUCACCUCAUGAACCCUCUGGUUGCACACUAAUACACAGAUGAACCAAAAGAAAACAGUACCAGCACCCCAAACUUUCUUUUGAAGUCUUCCCGAAUUUCAGUUGUUGAUUCUGCACUACCACAAUAUGGUGAGGCUGCUCUUUUCUUCAGGUUUGGUCUUUUGUUUACAGAGUAUUUUGCCUUAUGAGUUUGGUUUCUUUUGCAUAGAAAUAUUUAUAUCGUGGUUUCCUGUAUGCCUUGUUUAUGACUUACCGUUGAAUGUAUUUGUUUUGCUGCAUCCUGUCAGGAUAUAUCAGAAGUGGAGGUGGAAUAAAUCUGACUCAG